GGGCGAUCAAAAGAUGAUUCAGCGCUGCCAACUGAGCAGCGCCGCGAAUUGCUUUCUUAACUCUUGCUUUGUGCAGGACAACAAUAAAUCUUUUGGAAGAGACCAUCCUCAGGCUCCUUAUUACGCGGGUCGAAAUUGGAAAUCGGCUAUGUCUGCUGCGACGGAGCUCGAUGAGCAUAGAAAAAUGACGAUUCAGGAGUAUCAGCGCGUCCGGGUACAGAUAGAAGACUCGAUAAAUAGAAUCGAUCUUUGUCAUAAAAAAGCAGAGAAGGUGAAACUUGAACUCAAAGAGAAGGAGCCUGUACAACGAGGGUCUACCGGGGCUCUCUCUGCUCGCGCGCACUUGCAGACACCAUUGGUUCUAAAUUCCACUUCAGAUUCUUUUCCCAUAGAAUUACCUAGGCUCGCCGAGAAUUCUCACCUCUCCGAGCACACUGGCAGUUUAGAGCUGCCGUUGCAUCGUAAAAGUAAGGCUCGAAGCGCGUUACAUUUGCGUACCCAGAGAACGAGGAUUGUUGCUACAGUUACAAACGAACGCGGAGCUCCACGAUUUUCCGCAGAAUAUUACAAUAAGUGUAUGUCACACUACGAGUUUCCGAAUCUCGAUAGCCCUGGCCCAAAUGGUAGACUUUUCAACGCGCUGCUUUUGUUUUUGUCGGAUGCCAUGCCAGCACCCUUGACAGAAAUUCAGGCCAAAAUCCUGAAUGGAACAGAGGAGGAGAGGAAGGAAGCCAAGAAUGAAAUUUCCGAGAUGAAUACGAGACAUCAACGUGAACUUACCAAGAGGAAAAUGAUCAUUAGGGCUCAGAUGAGUGCGAUGAAAGCGCAGGGUGUCGCCGCUCACCUAUUAGAAUUCAAGACGACCGACCCUUUCCUAAAAACAGUUUCUCAGUUCGAAGAGAUAAAGGAAAGAGGCGGAGAAGAUUAUUUGAGAAUUAAGCAUCAUCUGAGUGCGGUGCCUAAAUACGUGGCUUAUGAAUUUCGAAAUGAGCGUCAGAUAGGUACAGGAUUGUGGAACGCGAUUGGACCCGGUAAUGGAGUCAAACGUGCACGCCCAGGUUCCAUGUGGCGUGAGCAUGACCCUCGUGGUAUGCAUAGCUCAUUAAGAAUGGUGAGUAAUGCUAGUGGUGACUUUCAAGAAGAGUACGUCACAAAGGCGAGUUCUGGUCCACCAACUUCGAUACAUCCAGUGGAUGACUUGCCCGUACCACUGGAGGAAGAGUUGGAUACAGAAGAGUCUGAAUCAGCCUAUUAUGAUUCAGACAGUGAUGAUCCAGUCUAUUAUGAUUCAGACAGUGAUGAUUCAGACGAUGAUUCAGAAGAUUAUGAUUCAGGCGGUGAUGAAUUAGUCCAUUGUAUGUCAGAAGAAGACUACUGGAAUGAUUCUAACAACCGGUAUGAGUAAUAAGAAGAGGCCUCAGUCCUGCGAAAAGGCCACGACCUUGCUAGAGACAAAGGCUUUGAAGGUUCUCUUGACGCAACACUCAGUUGUUCGCCCCUGAAACAAUCGCGGCAGCAUCAACAUGGAGUUCUUAUGAAGUCCGGUCGAGUAGUCUCCGAAUGGGGUUUAUGAUUUAUCGCUUUCGUCCGGAUAUCUUGGAUUCGUUUUGGCAGGUAAAUAACCUGAAAAGCUUCUUCUAAGAGCUUCUUCCAUCGUUCAAAGCACCUCUCGGUAUUAGGGUUUCUUCCAACGCAUUUUGGGUAUAUUAUAUCUUCGAAUUUAGUGGAAAAUGUCUGCAUAUAUCAAAACCAUAUAUAUACCACGACUCUUAUCGAAAAGCGCACAUUCCCGUCUCCUCUCUUUCGAAUGCCUCCGAGAACUGUCGUAUGAAAGAAUACCUCCGUCCAUAACAGCAAGACAGACAAGAAUCUCAUCUAGGCUUCCAUCUGACACAUCUGGACAUUUGAGAAACCCUCGGAGUUUUCUUCCACUUUUGAAAAUCCAAUGAAGAGAGAAAGACGAAAAAACCAACGGAGGUCUGACUUGACAGUCUAAUGUUCUUGUUAUAAAAACAGAGACUGGAAGACUCA